GUGGGGCUAUGGGGGAUACAUGGGAAAGGCGGGGGGGGACGCCACACGGACUCUGGCGAGGGAACACGUGUGCAUGCAACAUGCACACAUUCUGGCUCCGCCUACGAGAACCGCCGGGUGGUACCUCCGCGUUCGACAGUCAGAGACCAUCUACCACCUACGGACAAUCACAACAUCCAUGGCCAAGAGAAACAUUUCUCCUGGGACGAGACUCGAGCCCGCACAGCGCACGGCGACUGAUCAGGAGACCGAAGAGUCUACUACUGCGCUUAUCAGUAUUUAAAUACGAUGCUUAAGCCACCUCUAGCUUGCAUUAAAAGAGGUAUGAGGCCAUAGCA